CUCCCUCCCCGAGGAUGCUAACCCAGUUAGCUGUGUGUUCUACGGUGUUUGGCUGGUCACGAACUGGUAAUGUAACGUUAGCCGAGAAAGCGGCAGCCAUUUCAUUCUCCGAGGGACAGGACGCACAUUGAAGCCUUAAAACGUGACGAGGAAGCCCCACAAUGGUGAAAAUAUUCAUCGGGAAUCUGUCACCAGACACAACAUCAGAUGAACUUCGCUCUCUCUUCUCCCAGUAUGGCAAGAUUGGAGAAUGCAGUAUUGUCAAGAACUUCGGCUUUGUGCACAUGGAUGACAAAGCAGAGGCAGAAGAAGCCAUCAGCAACCUCCACCAUUAUGAGCUGAACGGCCAGCCUAUGAAUGUAGAAUUGAGUCGUGGCAAGUCAAGAGGAUCCACUAAACUACAUGUUGGCAACAUUGCCUGUACCAACCAGGAGCUGAGGGCCAAGUUUGAAGAGUUUGGUUCUGUGCUGGAGUGUGACAUAGUAAAGAACUAUGCUUUUGUUCACAUGGAACGAAUGGAGGAUGCGAUGGAGGCCAUUAAUCAGUUAGACAACACGGCUUUUAAAGGUGACCUCUUGGGCUGGGCUUAAUGGGGAGUUACCGGUAUAUGGAAGAUGUAGUAUCAAGAAUAUUUGAUUCUGCUCUUGUGAAUUAAUAGGUAAGAUAUGGAUGCACCGCAGGUGAGUAAAAAGAGAUGAAGGGAUAACGGUAAGCUGAAGAAAGUAAGGGAGCCUUUAUUAUUUUAAAGCUGGUAUCCGUAAUGUCGUUGGUAACAGCCAUUUGUGUGGAGGAUUGUGGUAAAACAAAAAAGACUGACUUGUCAGGUCACGCCUGUUCUGCUUGUUAAGGCAAGUACAGUCAGUUUAAAGAGUAAGUGUUUUUUGAAGUGGGGUUGUAUAAAGUACAUAUCCACAGUCAGUGUAUUACCUACAGUAGGUGUCAUACCCAGUUUGGAGAAGCAGGCAGGAGUACCACCACAGAAACUAAGCAAUGUACUGCUGUGGACAGAGGCAGCAGCAAAAUAUGUUUUAGCCCCGUUGAAAAAAGAUCAUUAUCAGUUUUAGUGUAUGAUAUGUUGAAAAUAAUUUCACCACUCUACCACACUGUCAGACAGCUUGUUGCGAUGCAAAAGCAGUUAACUACUUAAGUUCCCCAUCCAUGCUCUUGUCAAACCCACCAGACUCGAUGGACAAAAUAUGUAAUUUCAGCUUGCUGAACCCAGGAGCUGCUGGCCUACUGCUGCCUUAAUCAUUUAGUUUGUUAAUGCUUCUGUCAUGAAUAGCUAUCUGACUGCAAGGUAAAGCUCUGAAAGUAUUCUCAAUAUAGUGUACAAUAUUGAUUCCUUGUAGAAGAAGAAGAUAUGCUUUUAUUAAUCCCUGAAGGGCAAUUCCGUUUUUUUCACUCUGUUGUUACAUACACAAAGACCUGAAAUACACACACAUGCACAAACAGGACCUAUACAUGCAUUAAAUGGAGAGAUGCCAGAAGGAGGGGGGCUGCCUUGGACAGGCACCCCCAGUAGUUUGGGGUUCAGAAGGCAAACUGACACCUCUCCAACCACCAGUCCACCCUCCAUACGAGAACAUGAGCUGGUGACUUUUCAGUUCCCAAGUCAAGUCCCUAUGGACUGAGGUCAUGCUGCUUAAAUACAUUUUCUUGCUGCACUCGUCCACAGCAGUACAUUGCUUAGCUUCCACAGUGGUACUCCUGUCGGCUUCUCCAAACUGUGGGUGAGCCAACUGACAUCUGCUGUAUGUAAUACACUGACUAUGUAUGAUUACCUUAUACAACCCCACUAUAAAAGAUCCAAUCUAUCACUUCAUAUUGGAGUUGCUGGUUAGGCCCAUUAAGGGCUGGAUAAACACAAAAACAUUAUGUGCAUGUAAUCAGGUUUAUACUGUAUUUGGUUUUUGCACGCAAAUUUGCCCACGUGUUUAGAUUUUAGCCUGUAUGCAUGGUUCUUGCACUCAGCAACGUGUGCAUAUGGCGAAAUUUUAAUCACGCAGCCCAUCACAACUACAUGGAAAGUUUGAUUUCAUCUGUCAAACUUUGCUACCUGCUAACUUUACUAAGUUCAGCACUAGCUGAUUCAAAUGGCAAGAUUAUGUGCGACCUUUCCUGACAAUGCUGAUAUCUCUGCUACUGGAUGAAGAUUGAGUUCUUUUUGCAAGGGCAGGGUUAAUGUGGAAAGUUACGGAUUUCAGCUUUAAUAAGUAUUUUUUUAAUGCUCAAAUUACUAGCCAUGUCUUAUUGCUAUUUUUAGAGUAUAAUGCAGCUUUUUACCAGACUGAUGAGGAGAGUUUUGUAUGCCAGGCAGGAAAUGUUAAGUAUAUUAUUUAAAAUAAAUGCAGGCAUAAAUCCUUAUUGAGUGUUUUCUUUUUAAGGCAAACUGAUGAGCGUGAAGCUUUCGACUAGCCGCCUGCGCACUGCGCCGGGAAUGGGAGACAGAUCGGGUUGUUAUCGUUGCGGGCAGGAAGGCCACUGGUCCAAAGAAUGCCCUCUAGACCAAAAUGGCUACCACAGAAAC